UUAAAAUUUAUGUGUUUUAAAUAGUUUUCUUUAAAAAGAAAUUAAAAAAAAUUCAAUAAAAAUUUUUUGUUAUGAAAUUGAAAAUAUAUUUGAAAAUAUUCAAAUAUUUGAUAUAAAGUAAAAAUGUUGUGGAAACUAUAAAAAAAUAAAUAUUUUAAACAGAUUUUAAAAUUAUUUUAAAAAUACAAAUCGAAAUAGUUGGAUACAUAAUUGAAAAAUCUAUAAUACCCCGGGUGUAAUUCAGAAGCCGAAUUAAGUAAUUCAACUGUUCGUGUUAACUUGGCAUAAAUCGUCUUUCGAACAAUUGAGUUUCGAGUGAAAAUUCAAUUACAAAAAAUUUAUGAAGACAACUUUAAAAAUUUAACAAGUUCAAAUGCCAUUAAAGAAAAAACAAACAAAAAGAGUACAUGACAAAAACUCAUAAAUAUUGACCAAAAUAGUUAAGAUAAGAUCAGUUUGUUCAACAAAAUCCAACUAAAAAUAGUUGAAAAAAAAAAAAAAAAACUAAAUACUACAACCAAAUUUAUAAAUAAAGCGUGAAACAAGAAGCAAUUUGCAACAAAGUUGCAAAAAGGGAAAUAAAACCCCAACGUAUAAGUAACGUGACAAUUUACUACAGACAUUUACACAGCGCUCGAUCAGUUACGAUCUCCCACAAGCGAGAUCAUUGCUUUUGGUAUUAAGCAAACAAAACAGUGAUUGUUUUGUGUAAGUAUUAAAUGUCCAGAGGAAUUAAAGGUUUAACUUGAGGAUCUACGAAUAAAAUAAAUACAAUUGUUGUUGUUGUUGUUGGAGACAAAAAAAGUUCACUACAAUACUCUGUUUCUUGCAUAUAUUGAAUAACAAGUGUCAAUAAAUUGAUAGCUCACGUGCCACACAACGCAACACGACACCACUUCAUACAACACUCGCACAAGAUCAGCUUCAAAAGAAACGAUCAGCUUUAAAGGAAAACAAACAAAAAACUUGUUGCUCCAGUUGUGCAGCAAAGAAGAAGCCAAAAAAAAAAAAUAUCCCAGUAAAUACCACAAUGCGGCAUACAACAGCUGUUGCCCUCACAGAGAGGUUUAGUGAUCGUAACAAUUCUCCUGAGACCGGCGUUUUUGUAACACAUUUUGCUAACACAAUAACAACAACAACUAUAAAAACAUGUGCUAAAUCUAGCUACCUCAAACAUACAACAUUACUACUCCUGCUCUCUUUACUACUCCACACGCAACAAUGUUUAGCUACAUAUGACUCUACGCCGCUGGCAACAUCUACAACAAAUACCAAUUUUGAUUUUUAUAAAUCACCAUCAUCCACUUCACCUUAUGAAUGUGGCAGUUUGGAUUUGCGCAAUGAUUGUGAUAAUUUUUAUAAAUUAACAAAUUGUACCGUUAUAACGGGUUUUCUCGAUAUGGCCCAAUUGCCGCGCAACAAUGCCCAGUGUAAUUUUAGUGAAUAUCGUUUUGAGAAUUUAAGGGAAAUCACCGAUUUUCUCAUUUUCAGUGAAGUGCGUAAUUUAAGCAGUAUUAAAAAUAUGUUUCCUAAUCUAUCUGUGAUACGGGGCCAGCAUUUGUUUGUUAAUUAUGCUCUGGUGGUGACAUCGAUGCCGGAUUUAGAGAAGAUUGAAUUCAAAUCCUUAAUUGCCAUACAAAGAGGACAUGUCUUAUUAGAUGCCAAUCCAAAACUUUGCUCUACCGAAAAGAUCAAUUGGACACGUUUGACUUUAAGGCCCGGUGUAAAUUCUAUAUUUUUAGAUGAUAAAGCUCAAUGUCCUGUAGAGGCAAAAUGCAAUGGCUGUAAAAGAGAUUCCUGCUGGUCCAAUGAUGUGUGUCAGAAAAUUGAAAAUGAUAGUGUGAUAUCAUUAAUGCAAGACACCAGUCAGUGCCAUGAAUUAUGUUUGGGUGGUUGUUACAAUCGUACGGCUCAGGGUUGUGUGGUCUGUAAGGGUUAUACGGAUCAUGGUACUUGUGUUAAAGAAUGUCCCCAAGAUAAAUAUGCCUCAAGGCAUUAUUUGAGAUGUUAUACGCGAGAGGAGUGUGUAAAUAAUAAGCGACAAUAUAUCUUUAAAACUACCUGUGUGGAUUCGUGUCCCAGUGGUUAUCAAUUAAAUAGGGCCACUUACGAAUGUGAUUCUUGUGGUGGUGUCAAUAGUUGCCAAAAGGUAUGCAAAGGAAAACCUACUGAAAAUGGUGGUUUAAUAACAAUUUCAAAUUUAAUGUGUGCCGAUAAUAUAAGAGGCUGUCAAAUUUUGAAUGCCUCUGUAAUGAUAGAUAUCAAUGAGUUUAUCGAUCAACAGGAUUUAUAUGAAAAUUUUAAAGAUGUUCGGGAGAUAAUAGGACAUUUAAAAAUAAAUAGAUCUCCCUAUCUUACCUCUUUGAAUUUCUUUAAAAAUCUCGAAAAGAUUCACGGUUCAAUUUUGGAAAAUAAUCAAUAUGCUUUGAUAAUAUAUAAUAACAAUAAUCUCUCGGAAUUGUGGAAUGUUAAAGAGGGUUUUGAACUAGUUAAUGGUGGCAUGUAUAUACAUGCCAAUGAUCGUUUGUGUAAUCGUCGUAUAAGACAAUUUCGUGAACGUGUCAAGCAUGACAAUAAUCUUGACUCAUUUCAGACCAGUGAUCAGGAGGUUUUAUGUUCACCGGCUAAAUUAAAUUUAUAUGUGGAGGUCCUCAAUCAUCGUUCUCUUAAAUUCUAUUGGUUCAAAAAUCAAACUCUGGCUGAGGUGGAAAUCAUCUAUAAACCAGUGGCUGAUAAAGAGCUAAUAACCGAGAAGAGUGAAUUGGAUACAGAUGUGUGUAAUAGAAUCAAUUGGCGCAGAGAAUUGAAAUUUCCACAUGAACUGCAGGAAAACUCAACCCAUUACAUUUAUAUUAUCCAAAACUUAGAACCACACACCCGUUAUGCUGGUCUAGUCAAAACUUUUAAUGGUGAAGACGAUACACUAGAGGCAAGAAGUGAAAUCAAAUAUGCCACAACACAAUUUGAUAUACCCACGGCCCCUAUGAUCAGGCUUAAGGCCAAAACCUAUGAUACCCUUAGUAUAGAAUUUUCACACAAUGAUCUAUCUCAAGUGGUAGACUAUUAUAUAUUGGAGGUUUAUGCUUUGCCAGAUGAUAAGGAAAUCUUAGAUAGUCGUGACUAUUGUGAUGAACCGGUUGUUAAUUAUAAAGACAAUAGUCUAGAGGACUAUGAAGAUUGUUGUACGCGCCGAGAAGAAGAAAGAAAAGAUCGAAUGUUUCUAUCACAAUUGAGAGAAGAAUUUAGCUGUUCUCUCGAUCAUCCGGAAUACUGUAAACAGAAUACUCAGGAAUUCAAUGAUACCCAGGAAUAUGAAGCUAUUUUAACAAAACGUUUUGAAGCUUGGGAAAGUAAUUAUACCAUAAGAUCCUUGGCACGUUUUCAUUUGUAUGUUCUGCAAGUGAAAGCCUGUAAUCAUGCUGGUUGCAGUAGUUUUAAUAUGUUAUCGGUUAGGACCAAUUAUUCUACGGCCGCCGAUAAAGUUUAUGAUUUCACAGCCUGUAGAAUGCCUCAUAUAAAUGACUAUAGGGUGCACUUUUCCGAGCCCCAACUACCAAAUGGUUAUAUAACUUCCUAUGCGCUACAUUUUCGUCAUCAUAUUCCCAAUAACAGCAGCAAUCUAACCGUGGAUCAUAAUUAUCUAACUUGCAUAACGCGUUUGGAACACGAGCGCCAUAAUUAUCUUUUUACCGCUCACUCCAAUUACUCCUACAAUCAGGCUGCGGUCCGCGUUAUCUCUUUGGGUCAUAGCACUUUUAUUGGUUGGUUUAACAUCACCAUCUGUCCUACCACUAAAAUGGCCGGUGGCUCGUCUCAAGGUUGGAAUAUUUUCUUUGUAUUCUUUUUAAUAGGGGCCGGAGGUACGGUUUUAUGGAUCUGCUAUAAACGACGUUAUUGGCGUAAGAUACCACAACUUAAACGUUAUUUACCUUUACAUAUUAGUUGGCGUUACUUGCGUCCCGAGCCGGAUACCAGUGAUGAUCGUCAGAUUCUGGUGGAGGGUUUCGAGACGGUGCGUUUUCACAAUAGUCCCGAUGAGGAUAAGAAAUAUUUGGUACAUUUGGGUAAAAGAAAUUGAUAAAAAUUUAUAAUAAAAUGUGAUGUAUUAUAAGAA